AUGGAUACCGGUGCCAAUGGACAGACAUUGAGCCCAUGCCUGGGCUCAAGAAUUGUGAGAGUUUGCCAUAAAUUCCGUGAGAAAGGCCUAGAAUUGGAUUCAAUUAGGUAUGAGUUCCACAAAGAAUUCUUGUAUGAAUUGAUUCUCAAGAGGGAGGGCUUCGAGACCAUCGAUGAAGUGGUUGAAUGUCUUACGCGCGAUAAUUAUCCGAUUCGUGUGAUCCGUGACAACCAUCGGAUCAGUCAUGUGUAUUGCGAUCGCAAUCAAUACUAUUACUGGUUAUCAGGGAUUAAAGUCAGUAGAGAUUAUCCACUGAUGGAUAUAUUGUCUGACACUCCCGAUGACGUGAUCUCUUGUGGCCAUAAACUACCUGAGUAUCGAUUCCCAGACAAUGUGGUCAUCAAUGGCAAUAUUAUCAAUGAACUGAACUUCUGUGCCGUGAGACUAAUGCUAAUUAAAGAUCCACAUGAGAUGUAUGUCUACAUCUGCGGCGACGAUCAUCACUACGCUUACCAUCGCUUGAGAACCGAAAUGAGAUGUUAUGAUAACGCGGACAACGACCACAAGUAUCGCAUACCAAGUCUUCUGCUGUUUGAUGGCCUCCUCUGCGCCACAAAAUACUGUAAAAUACUGGAUGAAUGGCACCGAUGUGUCAUCCUAUCGGUCGAUAAGAGCAAUAAUUGUCGACUACUUCUCGUAGACAUCGGGGAUGUGAUCGACGCGAAUGUCAAUGAAAUGCGAUUACUGUUGAAGAGAUUCAGUGAACUGCCGGCGCAGGCAUUGAAAGUCCAGUUGACGGCCGUCCGCCUACAACAACAGCCAGUCGGUGGCGACUCGACCAUAAAGUUGCUGAAGUGGUCGGACUGCGGGGGCACUAACGCCAGUGUGCGGUGGGAGGACGUGCGCAUACAGGAGCCCAUGCGGCUCCGGAACCUAACCAUCGGCGCCUCCUAUACCAUACUCAACGAAGUAAAAGCCGGCUCGACGUCCAAAGUGGAGGUGUGGCGGCUCAUGAAGAUGCUAUUCAUGCCCAUCCAGGUUAAGAUACCCUGCGCUAAUAAGUUUGGUUCAUGCGAUUACGAUAUCUGUCGAGUUGCUGACUACGAUAAUUUCUGCACGUUUUCAAAAACCUUUGGCAACGGCUCGUGUGGCUGUCCGAUGAGCCCCAAGAAAGUGGUCGGUUAUCAUUUCAGAGUUAGGGUACAGGAGCGCAACCCCGCAAAUGAUCUGAAAGGCUGCACAACAGAAUUGGGCGGAUAUCGGAAGACGGGCUGUGAAUGGGUUUCUGGCGUCCGAUUCCAUGAUAGGAACGCCUUCACUGAUAUGAAUGCCAUUCUUAGAGCACAUCUUCCGCAACACAUUCAUCUCAACUUUCCGGCCGAUUAUCUCGUCCCCAUCUGA